GAAACCGCCAUUACCAAAUCAAUUUCAUCAUCUUCUUCUUCCGUGCAAUCAAAUUUCUCUCCGGAAAUCUGAAAUAAUGGAGGAUUUCAUCAACAAGUUUGACCCGACGACUGAGGAUGAAAAUGAUCAGGUUAGUAGGAGAAUCCAACGGUUAUCAUUACAUCUAACACCAUCACCAUAUUCUUCUGUAAAUGAAAACCAGUUAGAGAUGUUAACAUGUGCAAAAACGAAGCUUCUUGAUGUGAACACAUCAAUGUUAUCUGAUUAUAUGAGAGGUAAAAAUAGAGAGAUUCAAGAAAGGGUUUUUGAUUUUUUCAAUUCAAGACCUGAUUUACAAACCCCAAUUGAGAUCUCAAAAGUUGAACAUAGAGAACUUUGUAUGAGACAACUUUUAGCUCUUGUUAAAGAAGCUGGUAUUAAACCUUUUAUAUAUGUUUCUGAAGAUCCUGCUAAGUAUUUUGCUAUUGCUGAAGCUAUUGGUAGUGUUGACAUGUCUCUUGGUAUCAAAAUGGGUGUCCAAUUCAGUCUCUGGGGAGGUUCUGUGAUUAACUUAGGAACUAAAAAGCAUAAAGAUAAGUACUACGAGGGGAUAGACAAUAUGGAUUACGUGGGUUGUUUUGCUAUGACAGAACUCCAUCACGGUUCAAACGUGCAAGGCCUCCAAACUACUGCCACAUUCGAUCACAUCACAGAUGAAUUUAUAAUUGACACACCAAAUGAUGGGGCCAUCAAAUGGUGGAUUGGUAAUGCCGCAGUUCAUGGGAAGUUUGCGUCAGUUUUUGCAAGGCUAAUAUUGCCGACCCAUGAUGCAAGAGGUUCUUCUGAUAUGGGUGUCCAUGCAUUUAUUGUCCCCAUUAGGGACAUGAAAACUCACGAAACACUUCCUGGAAUUGAAAUACAUGAUUGUGGCCACAAGGUCGGCUUAAAUGGAGUUGAUAAUGGAGCAUUAAGGUUUCGUUCUGUCAGAAUACCCCGAGAUAAUCUUCUUAACCGUUUUGGAGAUGUUACACGUGAUGGGAAAUAUACUAGUAGUCUUCCUUCUAUUAAUAAGAGAUUUGCCGCGACGCUCGGUGAACUUGUCGGAGGGAGAGUAGGACUUGCUUAUUCUUCAAAUGGUGUACUCAAAAUUGCUGUAACAAUUGCUGUCCGUUAUUCUCUUCUACGUCAGCAGUUUGGCCCUCCUAAGCAACCAGAGAUUAGUAUUUUAGAUUACCAGUCUCAGCAGCACAAGCUCAUGCCCAUGCUGGCUUCGACAUAUGCAUUUCACUUUGCAACGCUAUACUUGGUCGAAAAAUAUUCUGAAAUGAAGAAAUCCCAUGAGGAACAAGUAGUGGCAGAUGUUCAUGCUCUAUCUGCAGGUCUCAAAGCAUAUGUGACAUCUUAUACGGCCAAGUCCUUGAGCGUUUGCCGUGAAGCUUGUGGAGGUCAUGGAUAUGCAGCUGUUAAUCGAUUUGGUAGCUUGAGGAAUGACCAUGACAUAUUUCAGACAUUUGAAGGAGAUAACACGGUGCUUCUGCAGCAGGUUGCUGGUGAUCUCUUGAAGCAAUACCAAGAGAAAUUUCGAGGUGGGACACUAGCAGUCACAUGGAACUACUUAAGGGAUUCAAUGGGUACAUAUCUAUCUCAACCUAAUCCAGUAACUGCUCGGUGGGAAGGUGAAGACCACUUACGAGACCCCAAUUUCCAGUUAGAUGCCUUCAGGUACCGAACAUCAAGAUUGCUUCAAAGUGUUGCUUUACGUCUUCGCAAGCACUCAAAGACUCUUGGAAGCUUCGGUGCUUGGAAUAGAUGCCUGAAUCAUCUUUUGACACUUGCCGAGUCUCAUAUCGAGACAGUCAUCCUAGCGAAGUUCAUUGAAGCUGUGCAAAGCUGUCCUGAAGGAAAUACUCGUGCUGCUCUGAAACUGGUUUGUGAUCUGUAUGCCCUCGAACACAUCUGGAAGGACAUUGGAACCUACCGUAACGUAGAUUAUGUGGCUCCUAACAAAGCUAAGGCAAUUCACAAGCUUACAGACUACUUGAGUUUCCAAGUGAAGAGUGUUUCCAGGGAACUUGUUGAUGCAUUCGACCUUCCAGAUAAUGUGACACGAGCCCCCAUUGGCAUGAAAUCUGAAGCUUACACUCACUAUAUGCAAUAUGUAGGAUUUUAGUUAGCAUUCCUAGAUGUUACACUCACUAUACGCAAUAUGUAGGAUUUUAGUUAGCAUUCCUAGAUGUUCAUGACUUUUCAGAUCAUGUCAUCCGACCCCUAAUUGGUACGCAGUUGGAAGUAUACAUCAUCAUACGCUGCAUUGGAUUCCAAGUCUGGUGGGACUUCUAGUGUUAGGUUCUACCUUUUUUGGAUUCUGUGCAAGUUUAGAUGUGUUGAGUUUUGGACGAAUAAGUGUGUGAGAAACCUUGCUCAAUAAAAGUGUAACACGAAAAAUUGUUAGAACAUAGUCAAUCAUGUAUCUUCUGAUCUUAUAGUAACUGAUUAUGAAUGCUUUUAGUUA